GACACAGAGGCAGAAGAUGCAUUCACCUCAUUCUACCUACGCCAAAUGACAACCGAGUUUGCCGAAGACCUUGACAAAAUUCGCUCAGCGGGCGACUUCAACGACAAGUCUCUUGGCCUGCUGAUUGGAGCACUCAAGCAAGGCCGCGAAUGCUUCGACAGACGCGACAGACUGGCUGUUGGAAAGGCCAUUGUGGCUGCCAAUCAGUGA